AUGGCAUUAGAGCUCUCAUCUGACUCUGAGUUCUGUUUAGAGGGUGCUGAGAGUGAGUCUGAUUGGAAUCUCUAUUCCAAAAAAAGAGAAAAUGGUUCCUUCUCUUCAAGAUCAAGGAAGAAACACAUGCCUCCUUUCAGUGUACAGUGCUGUCCUCCACAGGGUUGUUUCACUAGGCCAGAGAGUGACAAAGCAGACUCAGUAUUUCUUCCUCCAGAAGAGGAAGGCUCUGUGGGGUUUUCUCAAAAAAAUUAUCUCAGGCUGAGCCCUGAGGGUAUUAGAAAGAAAAUCAAACCAUUAAAAGGGCUGACUAUUCAAGGUUUGCUGAGGGAGUUUGGUGUCAGUGGGAAGUUCCAACCAAACUCCAUGUCCGUGGGCCACUUUAGAGAUCAUGUGGUUAUGAAGUUCCGAAGAGCUCUGUACUAUUCUGGGAUCUGGGUGUCCCAUGUCCAGGGCUACAGAUGUGAAAAGCACUUUUCAGCUAAGUAUUUCAAAAAAAAUCCUGGCAGCCUACAUCCUUUAGUUCCCUGGCUAAAACGGGAACUAAGAGCUGUUUAUGGAGAUUAUGGCUACACAGUGAAGAAUAUUCUAGCUGCCAUCCUCCAUCAUAUGACCAAAUAUGAUUUGGACAGUGAGUCCUUCAUUCACCUCUUGGAACCUUUUCUUCUACAACAUACCCACCAUUUCCUGCAUGAGUUUAUCAGUUUUGUUUGUUCGCCUUACAACAUGGAAACGUAUGACCAGCGAGCCAUCUAUCAAUGCCCUUCUGCGUCAACAUUGGUGAAAAAGAAGCCUGUUGCUUUAGGUCCUAGUUUGCCUUUGCCUAAAGAUCAUGAUCUAAUGAUGUCUCAGCAUGAUAAAGAAUGGUCUAAAGAAAACCAUGGUCAGUGGAAUAAAGAGGACAAGUCUGAAUCUCACUUGAAACAGUUUCCAAAUGGUAACUCUUCUUUGAAAAAUUUUAAAGUACCACAAGUUCAUCAUAAAGCAGCAAGCAAAAUCCAUGUUUGGACCAAAGACAAACCAGAAUCAGCCGAUCACAAAGGCAGAAUUUCUCCAGAUAAUAUGCUUCUGACUUGGCCUACCCAAAAAGAAAGUGGUCCAGGAAUGCUUAAUUGCAAAAAUCAUGUUCAAGAGAAAAACACAGAAGGAAUAAAGUUGCAUCCUAGUCACAUCCAGGAUCUUCAAAAGACUGAAACAAUGGCAUACACCUUCAGCACCCCAGAAAUUUCUAAUCAGGUGAAACCACAGAAGUAUAAUCUAAGAAAAAGAAGGGUUUUGCACAUUGACCCCCAGACAAAUUUCCAGAAGAAACAAAUAGAAAAUACCAAAUACUCAGAUUCUUCACCAAAAGUUUUUCAAAGACUGUCCAGAGAAAGAUCCUUGUUAAAUUGCAAACCCAGAAGGAGAGAUCCUGCUUGCAGUUGCAUCUCAGAAAGUGCUCUUUCUCCUAAGAAAAAUGUUAGAAAGCUAAGUUCUUUCAGAAAAAAGAAGUCAAAGUGCAGACAUCCUUCCCAGUUUAUUGAAGUUGGUUCACACUGCAGUAGAAGAAUCCAAAGACAAGGAAGGUACAGUACAGAAAGAUCUAAAUCCUGGUGUGUUGGACACAGAAGGAGCUCUGAAAGCAGAGAAUCAAGUAAUCUCUCUCUGGGAAUAAGUCACAAAUGUGAGCCCUUCACCCAGAAUAUAGCCUUUGAGUCCCCAAAAGAAAAGAAUGUGCAUGGCCAUAAAUCAAACUAUGAGAGGACAUCUUUGACCCCAGUCCAAUGUCUGAAGCUUUCUUCAACAGCUGGGAAGAGGCCCAAAUGUCCUUCUAAAGGUGAAGGUGCUUCCCGAACUGAGAGCUGCCGUAACAGUCUCAACUGCCUACAUAUUGUGAAACAAAGAUUUCCAAAUAAUGAGGAGAUGAAGCAAAAAGCCGUGUUUCCUAGAGCUAGAAGAACCAGUCGAAUCCGUCAAAGGAAAAACAAAAGCCAGCAUUCAGAUACACACACCACGGAGGAAGUCACUGAUGAGUGGGAGGAUCUGGAUGAUACAGGCCAAAAAAUUGUUUUUUCUGAGUGUGCACCUUCUUGCAGAAGGCAAAUUGCCCAAUACCAGAAGUUUUCAGAAAGGCCAUAG